AUGGAAACGCCGAAAAUCUUGCUGAUGGGGCUGCGCCGCGGCGGCAAGUCGUCUAUCCGGCAGGUUGUUUUCCACAACAUGCAGCCAUUGGAGACUCUGUAUUUAGAAUCGACGUCGCGACCAACAGAGGAGAACAUGGACUCCCUGGUCAAGUUCCAGCUUCAGGAAUUGCCCGGCCAGCUGGAUGUAUUUCAGGCCAACCAAGAGGACCAAUCGCACCUGUACUCGGACGUGAGCUCCAUCAUCUACGUGAUCGACAGCCAGGACGAGUACUUGAUGGCGUUGCAGAACCUGGUCCAGAUCGUCGAAACAGCCUACAAAGUGAACCCCAAAAUCCACUUUGAGGUGCUCAUUCACAAGGUCGAUGGUCUGAAUGAGGAUUUCCGCCAAGACACGCAGCGGGAUAUUAUCCAACGAGUCACUGACGAGCUGACGGACAUGGACAUCACCAAUGCCGAUUUGACGUUCCACAUGACGUCAAUUUUCGACCACUCGAUUGUCGAGGCGUUCAGUCGAAUUGUGCAGAAGCUGGUGCCCAAAUUGAGCUCUCUCACCCAGUUGCUGGACAUUUUCUGUGCGAGAUCGGGGAUCGAAAAGGUGUUUCUGUUCGACGCCAACUCAAAAAUCUACCUGGCAACCGAUUCGUCUCCUGUAGACGUCGAAACCUACCAGAUCUGCUCGGACUUUAUCGAUGUCUCGAUUGAUCUCGCCAACCUGUACUCGAAAAAUGGCUCCAUGCAGUCCCAGUCGGGGUCCCAGCAAUUGAGCUGUUUAUCAAAGUUGCAAAACGGUGUAAACGUUUAUCUGUCUUAUAUGGUCAAAGGGCUGCUUCUGCUAGGUAUGUCGCGCUCCGAUAGCCAGCAAAAGCUCGUGCUGGUGGAAAACAACAUUUGCGUUCUCCGAGACGGCCUGGAAAUGAUUUAUACUUAG